AUGGAUCAGUAUCCCGAUGAGGAUGAAGAAUUUGAGCUUCGUUACCAGGAAGAAUUGGAAAUGUUGGACGAUUUGCCUCCUGAAGGGGGUGAGGUUUUUGUGCCUAACACUACCAUAAACCAUAAUAACACUAUUAAUUCCGUUAAUGCCGCCGACACUAUUGAUUCACCACACCUUUCACAAAUCUCCGGCAUUAGCGUUAGUACUAGUACAGCUGGUGUUGUGAAUAGACGUCUUUUCGGAACUCCUAGCGGACCAUAUAAAAGAAUAUCUUCGACUCCCCUUGCUACAAACAAGCUGCGUGCUGCUCUAGCUCCAAUAGAAGAAGUAGUUGCUCUAACACCAUUGCCAGAAUGUGAAGCUUUGGAAGAAGUCAACGAACCUGCAGUGGAACUGCAAGGAAUGGGUCUGAGAAAUAAAAGACGGCUGGAACGUGACCUAUUCGGUGACAUAGAUGAUUUAUUUCAAAAUGAAACUUACGAAGAUCCAGUUGCAAAGAAAGCACGUACCGAAGAAGAACGUGAUUUAGAAAUGAUUGAAAAAAUUAUUGAAACACGUCGGCGUUUGCAAGAAAAUAAUAAGGCGGUACGGAAGGAUGAUCUUUCACGUUUAAAGGCAUUGCAUGAAUUUAAAAUGCGUAAUUUGUCAUACACCGUACCUCAGUGGCCAUUCCAAGUGUUACGAAGGGGAGAUCAUGAACGCGUUUUCGUACGUUUUCAUUCGGAGGAGUAUGAAAAUCAUGCGUUGGAGGAUGUACGUGCCAUUUCGCAAUUCGAUGGCCUUUUGGGCGAGAACAAACAGCGUAUAUGGGCGGAGGCAAAUGAUAUUGUUUUAAAACGCGCUAGUACUCCAUCACAGCAACAACAAGAGAUUGUACAACAACAAGCUGCAACAAGUGCGCAAGAAUCAGGUCAAGACGAACAAUUAUGGGUGGAAAAAUUUAAACCACGGAAAUACAUUGAUCUGCUAUCUGAUGAGGCAACUAAUCGAAGUUUAUUAUAUUGGCUGAAAAUGUGGGACAAAAUGGUGUUUGGCAGGGAAUUCAAAAAGAAAGAAGAACACAAUGUCAAUAGCACGAGCAACAAUUUGAAUACGUUUAACAAACGAACUGGCAAAUUUGAAUCGAAUGGCGGUUGGCGGAAAAGAAAAUUUCAAUCUAUGUUGGAUACUAAUUUAGAUGAACAUGGGCGACCGAUGCAAAAAGUUGCCUUACUUUGCGGACCACCCGGCCUGGGUAAAACUACGCUCGCACACACAAUUGCACGACAUGCUGGAUACGCAGUCAGGGAAAUAAAUGCUUCAGACGAUCGCAGUCCCGAAGCUUUUAAGCAAGCACUGGAGAGUGGAACACAAAUGUCAUCGGUACUAAACGAAGAUCGACGACCAAAUUGUAUUGUGCUGGAUGAAAUCGAUGGUGCGCCACGUCAAUCAAUUGAAUUUCUUGUCAAAUUCGUGAGCGACAAUGUGGUCAACAAAGUUAGAGCGAAAGGUAAAGGCAAACCAGAACGUAAUCUACUGAAACGUCCAAUCAUUUGUAUAUGUAAUGAUAUAUACGAACCAGCGUUGAGACCAUUGCGACAAAUCGCCUUUGUUGUAACAUUUCCACCCAUCGAAACCACGAGAUUAACAGAAAGGUUACUUCAGAUAUCGCAAAGAGAACGUUUAAAAACUGAUUUUAGUGCAUUGUAUGCCAUGUCGGAGAAGUCAGGGAAUGAUGUUCGUUGCUGCAUUUCAACGUUGCAGUUUUUCAAUGCUCAGAAAAAAGCGUUGACACUGCAAGAUGUACUUAACGCCAAUUUGGGGCAAAAGGAUCGUCAACAAGGCCUCUUCGAUGUUUGGGGUGCAGUCUUUAGGAUACAACGUCCUCGCAAGCAGUUGGAGAAAUCCAAACUCAAUGAUAAUACGGAGGAUGUUGAAAUCACUAUGACAGAUAUGUCGACUAGUACACGCGUUAGAAACGUGUUGGAAGUGGUGCAUGGCGGCGGUGAUUACGAACGUCUUACACAAGGCGUCUUUGAAAAUUACUUACAUCAGAAAAUGCCAGAUCCCAAUUUGACUGCAGUUGUAGAGGCAACAAAGUGGUUUAGCUUCAGCGAUACGGUACAGCAUCAAAUAAAUCAUCUACAAAAUUAUACCGUCUACCCUUAUUUGCAAUUUGGAUUUGCGGCAUGGCACUUGAUGUUUGCAACUCUCGCCUGGCCGAAAAUAAACUUUCCUAGCAAAGGUUUCGAGUUCAGACAGAAGAGCACCACACAAAGCAACAUUUUUCAGGCUUUCCGCAAGGGUAUCACAACGGGCAUGAAUGGUCUCGGACAGGGUCACGUCGUUCUGGUGGACACUGUGCCGUUGCUCAAGCGCAUUUUGUCACCACAAUUUCGUUCGGUGGCUGUGCAAUUGCUGUCUCAAAGAGAACGCGAUGAUCUCUAUCACACCGUCACCGUUAUGGCCGAUCUUGGUUUGACCUAUACGCAAGUGAAAGCUGCUGAAGGUUCUUAUGUCUAUCAGAUGGAGCCAGAUUUAGAUGCUUUGGCACAGUUUCCCGGCUAUCCUGGCAUCGCAUUGAACUACUUCAGCCGACAGUUGGUGGCACGUGAGGUGGAACUGGAGCGCAUAAGACGCUCCACGCCGCGUUUGGGCGCUGAAACGAGCGGAAAGUCCACCAGCAAUAACGCCUCAGCAGCUGCUAAGAAUGCCACGAAAAAUCUACCAAAUCAUCUGCAACGUCUAAAGGCCAAGCAAAUCGAAAAUAAAAAUGCAAAUGCCAAGAAAGAUGUGAUUUCCAAGGAUUUCUUUGGCCGCAUACAGCACCGAACAGUCGGAGGACCACGCGAAGAUUGUAAAACCGAUGCAAUUGUCAAAAGUCCCAUUUGGUAUCGCUACAAGGAGGGUUUCAACAACGCUGUGCGCAAGGACAUACACAUGCACGAGCUGCUGUAGCGAAGGCUGCUGGCAACAGUUACUACUAUUAACUGCUUAAUUUAAAAUACAUUUUUUAACCAUAACUAAAUUAUUUGUAAAAUAACAAUUAUUUCCUUUUAAUUUUAACACU